GCAUCAGUUUGUUACCAAAUGCUAUUAGGAACUGUUGAGUAGUUAUUUAGUCCGAUUUUGGAGGCUUUUGCUUCUUGUGCGUGAACGCGAACGUGAAUACCGAUUCCGAUAACCUAGUGAUUAAUGAAUUAAAAAUUGUUUGGAAGCAAAAAAAAAAUAGUAAAACUAAAACCAAACAGUAGUUUUGAGAUUCAGUGUUAAUAGAUGUUUAAAUUCUUUUAAAAGUUCAUCUGAUUGAUUGUGUUCAAAAUAAAAGUGUACAGUAUGGUUGAAGAAGUCCCAGCUAAAGGGAACGUUCUAGGAAGAUGUGUUCCCGCAAGAUAUAUUCUAGCCGUUCUUGGAUCUUUGGGUAUGGCUAUCGUAUAUGGUUUAAAAGUAAAUCUUAGUGUUGCGAUGGUAGCUAUGUUAAACCACACCGCUAUUGCACUCGCCUCAUCGCAUGGGUCUGCCCACAAUUUAUUAGGAAAUAACACCCAUAAUGCAAGCUUGAAUGUCGAAAAAUGUGCCGCUCCUGAUGAUGAUGGAUCUGGUGAACCUCAGGACGGACCGUUUGACUGGAGUGAGCCACUACAAGGAACACUUCUUAGCUGUUACUUCUGGGGCUAUAUUGUUUCUCAAAUUCCAGGAGCCCGAGUUGCUGAAAACUAUUCAGCCAAAUGGGUGAUGUUCUUUUCCGUCGCGAUCAAUGUCAUUUGCACACUUCUAACACCGAUUAUGACCAAAAUCCAUUACGUUGGCCUCAUCAUCUUACGUGUACUGGAAGGCAUUGGCGGAGGUGCAACAUUUCCUGCUAUGCAUUGCAUGAUCGCUGCUUGGGCUCCACCAAACGAAAGAAGCGUUAUGUCUACCAUAAUUUAUGUGGGAACAGCUUUUGGGACGGCAAAGUCGAUUCUAACGGCUGGAAUACUUGCUGGCAAAUUUGGAUGGGAGUCAGUUUUUUACGUGAUGGGAGGUUUUAGUUGUUUAUGGAUGAUUCUAUGGGUCAUCCUCGUUCAAGAUAGCCCCAACACACAAUCUCUUAUAAGUUACGAAGAACGUGAAAUGAUCAAUUCACAACUUGGAACAACAGAAUCUAAAAGCGAUGAGAAGAAACACCCUCCAGUGCCGUGGAAGAAGGUUAUGACAUCUGUUCCAUUUUGGGCCAUCUUAAUCGCCCAUGUCUGCAGCAACUGGGGCUGGUACAUGUUUUUGAUUGAGAUUCCAUUCUAUAUGAAGCAAGUUCUACAAUUUAAUGUUUCAAAGAAUGCCGUCGCCAGUGCCCUUCCCUAUUAUCCAAUGUUUUUGUUCAGUAUUAUUUUGGGAAAAGUUUUAGAUACUUUAAAAGCAAAAGGCUACUUUUCAACAACGGUGUGUAGAAAAACAGCAACCAGUUUUGCUACUUUAGUUCCUGGAGUAUGUUUGCUAAGUCUUUGUUAUAUCGGAUGCCAUCGGGAUGCAGCUGUAGCAUUUAUGACUUUUGGCAUAAUUGGAAUGGGUGGAAUGUUUUCGGGAUUUUUAUCCAACCAUAUUGACAUUGCGCCUAACUACGCAGGAACUCUUGUCGCACUUACAAACACUGUAGCCACACUUCCGGGAAUUGUGGUACCACUUUUUGUGGGAUUCAUUACAAAGGGAAAUCAAAACAUCGGAGCUUGGAGAGUUAUUUUCUUUGUAACGAUAGUCUUAUUCGCUAUUGAGUUCAUUGUAUUCACACUAUUUGCAUCCGGGGAAGAACAACCAUGGAAUAAAACUUCAUCAAAAACUGAUGCAGAGCAAGUUGAACAUAAUGAAAGUACGCCCCUGAAAAAUACUAACGCAUCUUGCCCAGCUCCAGAAAACAAUAUUUAAUUUUAAAAAGUACUUAAGACAUUGUAUAGUCGUCGUUCAAUGAAAACGUGCAAAAACCAUUUUUCUACAAGUUGACAUAAUCUCAUAAUUUUUGUUUUAGUCAAACUCUUAGAUGUUAGAAUGUAAAUUAAUUUCAUUUUCAAAAUUACAUAAAUGCUCAUUGGUUAAAAUUAAAGAGUUAUUUUUAAAGAACAUAAUAUCAUAAGAGACCAUCUUUAUUCAAAAUUAAAUCGAAAUCAAUAGAACCGUUUUUUAAUAAUUCAAAAAAAGAAGAACCAAUUUGUUAUUUACCAAAAACUUAUGUAUCAAAAUUGGUUCAUUGUUAUUAUUUAAGUUCACACACAUCCUUGCGCCACAAUUAUUUAUUACAAGUUAUUAAAAUGGCCCUGCUGAUUGAGUUUCCAUUGAACGACAAUUAGAUUAUGUAUUCAGACAAUUUGUAUUAACAUUUAAAUAUUCUAAAAACUCAGAAAUGCAAGAAUGUACUUAUAAUCAAAAGGCUUUGUGUACUAUGUAUUUAUUUUAUCUUAGAUAUAUUGACAAAUGUAAUGUAUUUAUGUCCUUUUUUUACUUUUUUAAGCAGAAACUUAUAUUUUAAUUUCAAAUCUGUAUAUUUACAAGUAGUUAUGAUUUUGUAUACAUUUAAAAAUAAUAAAUUGUCAAAAUAAUG